AUGGCGGGGGUGCGGAGUAACGCCUGUCACGCCUGCGCAAAGGCCAAGCGGAAAUGCUCAAAACAGUCGCCUAGUUGCUUGAGAUGCGGACGACUUGACCUUGAGUGCAUCUAUCCAGCCGCCAAGCCCGGCUCUUAUGUCAUGAUUGGCUGGGAUGCUACCGCGGAAAUCGACGACGGUAUCUCAGGCAGUUCCACGGGUGCCUCUUCACAGCUGCAAUAUGUCUCCCCCGCUACACCCGGCGGUGUUCUUGGAAUAACUCCUGCCCUAGACUUUGCCGAUUGGACGCUCCAUUUGGUAGAUGAAAGCCAUCCAAGUAGUUCAUUUACCGCUUACGAAACCUGGGUUUCCCAUCUCCCCAGGCAGCCCGACGUCGGUCUCUUCAACCAGGGAUACCUGCAGCCUUUCCUUUCCAUUCUGAACGAGUGGCUCUCAGAAUGGGUAAGAAAAGGAAGCAACCCAUUCGUACAUGCGCGAUUGUAUCGGGAUAGGUUUCCAAAGUGUGCCCAAGAUGCCUACUCAGCGUUGACGUGCUACCUCAACAAGACCGGAAGCAAUAACAGCAUUGUCAUGCACUUGUUGGAAGAAAAGUGUUGGGAUCUAGUAACCCAAAUCGAUAUACCGCAACCACACUCCCCCUUUGACGAUAGCAGGCCGGCUAUUGAUCUCCUAGAAAAACUGGCCAAGGUUCAGAGUCUCUUGAUAUACCAAGUAGUCGGCCUUUUCGAUGGAAACAUCCGAUUGCGUUACUUGGCAGAAAAGCGAAUAGAGCUACUAAAGAGAUGGAUGAACGAACUAGUUGAGGAUGCCUAUCGCACGUCAUGUUCGGGCUCUAUCUUAGUCUCUGCUGAUGUGAACACAGAGUCUGACAUGCGCGACUCUCAAAACGCCCUAUGGUACUCUUGGAUACUCUCGGAGAGCAUCAGGCGUACUUGGAUCAUUGCAUCCGGGGUUCAGGGCCUCUAUUUAUAUAUGCAGCAAGGGUUCACCAAGUCGUGUCAAGGGGGGAUGAUGUUUACGACAAGACAGGGUGUUUGGGAGGCUCAGUCAGCAUCGGCGUGGGACGAGAUUCGCUCAGAACCUGGCGCGGGACUGACGAAAAUCACAGAGCUAGAUAGGCUGCUUACAGAGGGUGGACCGGAUAAUGUCGACAGCUUUGCAAAAGUAGUCCUGAUGGUCACCCUAGGGACGGAACGAGUAGCAGCGUGGAAUGGAUAA